CCACCCAUGGCCUCCCUGUUCGCCGGGAAGGUGCUGGUGGUGAACAACGGGGACCGGGACGAGGUGGAGACCGAGCGGGAGCUGGGGCAGGCCCUGGGGAACAAGGUGCUGCUGCUGUACUUCGGGGCGGCCGGGUGCCCGCGGUGCCGGCGGUUCGCCCCGGUGCUCAGGGACUUCUUCGUGAGGCUGACGGAUGAGUUCUACGUGGAGCGGGCUUCGCAGCUCGGCCUCGUCUACGUCUCCCGGGAUGCCACCGCCCAGCAGCAGGACGCCUUCCUCAAGACCAUGCCCAAGCGGUGGCUGUCCCUACCCUUCGGGGACCAGUUCAAAAGGGAGCUGGAGCAGCGCUUCGCGGUGUCCGACAUGCCCAGGGUGGUGGUGCUGAAGCCGAACGGGGAGGUCAUCGCUGGGAACGCCGUGGAGGAGAUCAGCCGCCUGGGCCCUGCCUGCUUCCGAAACUGGCAGGAGGCUGCCGAGCUGGUGGACAGGAAUUUUCUCUUGGCAGAGGAUUUCGACGACUGGGCUAGGAGAAGCAUCACUGACCCCCUCCGCCGCCUCAAGUACAAGGUGGACAAGAGGACGGAGGCCAAGGAUGAAGAGAGGAAAGGGGAGGAUGAGGAGUCUUCGUAG